UUUGCAGAGCCGAAAAUGGCCGACGGAGAAGAAGAUCAGAGGGACGAGAGAUCGAGCGGUAUCAAAGUGUACGGGCUGCAAUUCGUCUACGACGGACAACCGCCACUCUUCGCGGAAUUCAACCUCGACAUCUCGCCGGGAUCUCGAUGCCUUCUCGUCGGCGCCAAUGGAUCUGGGAAGACGACUUUGCUGAAGAUUCUGGCGGGUAAGCAUAUGGUCGGAGGAAGAGAUGUUGUGCAGGUGUUGAAUGGCUCGGCUUUUCACGACACUCAUCUGGUUUGUAGCGGCGAUUUGGCCUAUUUGGGAGGAUCUUGGAGUAAAACCGUUGGCUCUGUUGGAGAGAUUCCGCUCCAGGGAGACUUCUCUGCUGAACAUAUGAUAUUUGGAGUUGAAGGGGCUGAUCCUGUUAGGAGGGAGAGGCUUAUUGAGCUGCUUGAUAUUGACCUGCGAUGGCGAAUGCAUAAAGUAUCGGAUGGGCAGCGGCGUCGUGUCCAAAUCUGCAUGGGACUUCUUCAACCUUUUAAGGUUCUUUUGCUAGAUGAGGUAACAGUCGACUUGGAUGUUGUUGCUAGGCUGGACUUACUCAAUUUCUUCAAGGAAGAAUGUGAUGAGAGAGGAGGGACAAUAGUAUAUGCAACCCAUAUCUUUGAUGGGUUGGAGACAUGGGCAACACAUCUGGCCUACAUCCAAGACGGUGAGCUUAGAAGGGCUGAGAAGUUAUCAGAGAUUGGCGAGUUGAAGAAUUCAGCCAACCUUCUAUCUGUUGUUGAGUCGUGGCUCCGUUCUGAAAUUAAGCUGGAAAAGAAAAAACCCGUCAACCCUCCUGCUGCCCAAAUCCAAAAGACCUCACCUUUUGGUACCUCUCCUUUUGUCUCAUCUAGACACAUGGCAUACUACCGUUGAUUUAUAGAACAACCUGUUGCAGAUAAAACUCUGUUCCAAUGUAGUUUUUUGUCUGUGUUUUGUGUAAUUCAUCUUGUAAUUUUCCUUUUAAAAAAUGUAGAAAUAAGGAAAGCAGUAGUUCAAGCUUAAUGAUUUCAAUUACAUAUCUCUUACCGACAGUGUCAAAUUAGUCGUAUCAUAAAACCUGAAUACUAGAACGUUUGUCUCAAUUUGACAUUGUACUCAAGCUUAUUCUCACUCUAUUAGAUUGUUCAUUUUAUUUA